GUCCUCACACACUUCGCGACCUAUCCAGGUCGUGCCGUCACAUCAUGGCACAAAAGCUGGCGCCGGAGAUACUCAGCGAGAUCAUCUCCUACAUCGGACAGGACGGCCAGAAACGAGUCGACACGUUGCGCAACUUGGCCCUGGCCUCUCGAGCGUUGCGCCCGCAGGCACAGGCCGCCAUCUUCCGCACCCUGGACAUCGACGAUCCCCGCAUCCUGGAUGCCAUCGCGUCUUCCAUCAGCGGAUCACCCGUGCUGGGCUCCUACGUGCGCAACCUGCGCCUCAGCUUCAGCUUUCACCGGAGCGGAGACUGGCCGGAAGGCCUAUCGCAGAUUUCGGCGCACCUCACAGCCUUGCGCGACGUGAGGAUAGAAGGGAUGUCGUGGGCCGAACUCGGCGCAAACGCGAGACGAGCUAUUCUUCAGGCCCUCUCACCUGUGUCGUCCCUCGUUUUGCGGAGCUGCGAAUUCCCGCACGCGCGAUCCGUACUCGACAUCGCGCUCGCCUGCCGGAACCUCGAAUCUCUCAGCGUCCUCUCCCAUGCACGGCGGGCGGUGGAGGUCGAACCUAGUAGGACUACCUCUCUGUAUCCCAUAACCCCAUCAUUCUCGUCGCUCAAGCACAUCGAACUCGGAACGGAUCUUCGGCUCGCGACCGUCGUCAGCGACGCACUGCUCGAAUCCACAAUGUUCAACCUAACCUCGGUAACGAUCCGUCUAUGGUCGAUAAAGGAAGGGGACUUGACCUCUAUGACCCUGCAUCGCCUGUUUGCUCGGCUGACCCUCCGAACGACGUACCUUCACGUGUCGAAGCGAGCGUGCGAUGUGUGCGCCUCGGGCGACAGCACCCCGCCAUGGCCAUCCGACGAUAGAUUCCUAACGAUGCUGGUACCGAAUGCCACCAUCGGUAACGAGGAUAAACGCGAUACUGCCACCGAGCUCGAGACAUGGUUCGGCGACGUCCUGUCCAUCGUAUAUACGCGCGGGGUCCUCCGGAUGAUGUUGAACUUUGACGAGCGCGACGCCCCGUCCGAUUCGUGGGACGCGCUCCGCCGGCUCUUGAUCCAUCCGCGGCUGUCGUCGCUCACUACCGUGCACCUCGACGUCGGGUGGGCUCCUCCAGAGGACGAAUCGUCUGCGUCACGUUCCGACGAAGGUGGGCAGAUGGAAGCGAGGAUGCGUCGCGACCUCGUCGACCGGCUUUCCGGUCUCAACGCGAACCCGACGUAUCAUGUCAACGCGUGCCCUCCGAUGGAGGGGAUCUGGUAUCGUCCGCUUUGGCCCGAUGAACUGGAGGGGCAUUGA